UAUCAAUAUAUCAAUUUCUUUCAUUCUCAAAGAAUUAUCGUCUUUAUAGUUAGGGCUUAUUUUGGUAAUGCCAUUGCCGUGUACUCCGUACUUGGUAUUUCUAUGGCCACUGCAAUUGCUAUGGUUUGUGAUUCCCUUUUUUUUUUUAACCUCGAAUUUGCACACUGAACGCAUGAUAUAUUUUUCAUAAUAUGCAAAGUAAACCCCAAGCAAGCAUCUAACUUUGUGAAUAGCGAUUCUCUCUUCAUUUUUAAUUGAAAGAUCAACAACUAAGCCACUAAGUGAUUAUAAUCUUCCUUUUCUUCUGUUUUGUAGCAGGUGUUUGUACACCCUUUCCUGAUAUCAACCGGAAGUAGAGUUUCUACACGAAAUAUCAAUCGUUCGACUCGGAACCGGUCUUCAAUUCUGACAGACUUAUUGUUUCACCGCCUCGUACUUGAGACACAGUCAGGGAUAUAGACUAAGUAAGGUGAUUGUUGUACACCCUUUUAGACUCUUUUUUUUUUUUGCACUUUUUUUUUUGUAUAUGCGUAUUUUUCUUUUUGCAACUUAGUGGAGGCUCAAAUGGAAAGAAGGAGGAUUUAUCGUGAUGGGUCAUCGUGUUUGCUCAGUGAACCCAUCAGGGAUGUCGGGUCAUCGUGUUUGCACAAUGAACCUGUCAUCCUCAGAUGAUCCGUUUGAAGACCUGGAUGCUUUUGAAGGAGGAUUUAUCGUGAUGGGUCAUCGUGUUUGCUCAGUGAACCCAUCAGGGGUGUCAGGUCAUCGUGUUUGCACAGUGAACCUGUCAUCCUCAGAUGAUCCGUUUGAAGACCUGGAUGCUUUUGAAGGAGGAUUUAUCGUGAUGGGUCAUCGUGUUUGCUCAGUGAACCCAUCAGGGGUGUCAGGUCAUCGUGUUUGCACAGUGAACCUGUCAUCCUUAGAUGAUCCGUUUGAAGACCGCCUAAUGUCAUUAGCAACCAAGUUUUUUUGUUUGUCAAUCCCGUUUGAUUCUUUCUCAUCCUUUCUUGUUGUCAUUGCAGGAAUGGUAUAUCUUUCAGAGUUCAAGAAAGGUGAUGACAUUCAUCUUUCGAUUUGAGACGCUGAGGAAGAUGAUCCAAAAACUGGAACCCAUUUUAUCAUUCAAAGGUCACUUCGGCGCCCUACUGGCAGCAUGAGAGCAUCUCUUGAUCAGUCAAUCUUUCGCAGUGAGAUGGCGAUCCAAGUGACUCCAGGAACUUCUAGUGAUCCCCC